GCCUCCGGCUCGUACGUAAUUUCCCGCCACUUGUUCCCAAAAUAAAUUGUGGCAGAAUGAUUUGGUUUCUACAUUCUAGUAAGAAUCUAAGAUCAACUGGAGUGGAAUGAAAAAAAAAUCGUCUGUCUUCAUCUGGAAAUGGCGAAUAUCAAGAUGCGUCUCUUCUCACUUUGGCUGUUGAGUCUUUGCAGUGCAACACUUGGGGAACUGCCCUUCGCCCCUGGGUCAUGCUCGCAGAAAUGUGAAAGUCAGGCGAACGUAACGGAAGAGAAUUUGCUUCCUUGCUCGUGCAGCUCAAGUUGCGCAUUCUACAAGGACUGCUGCUUUGACUCUCGCCAUCGAAGAGUAGAUGUGAGCGCAAUAACGGUAUCUAAGAUGUGUAUUUCCUUGUCGAAGAGAGGCAGAUUUCUCGCCAUCUCAGGAUGCCCCAGCAACUGGUCGGGGUCUAGCCAGUUCUGUAGCGAAAGCAUCGGUCACUUGCCACCUGUGACGAGCACCACGUCCGGGAUCACUUACGCAAACCUCUACUGCGCGGUCUGCAACGGGGAUGGAGAGAAGCUGACGACGUGGAACGUAGAACUCCGAUGCUGUCCUGAACAUGAAGGUUUAGAUGGUCGCCAUUAUGUUUACAGAAGAGGUUACCAGUGGAGCAAAGUUGACAAUCACAGAAAAUGUCUGUGCAAUUAUGUUUCUCACUACAAUGAUGCUAGCUUCACUAACAGCUUGGAGCUCAGAUCCUGCGAUAGAAGUCGAGAAAUUUCAAGAUGUUCCUCUUCUUGGCACAACGAUACAGUUAAAGAACUGUGCAAGGCGUUUGUGGACUCUGUUUACAUUGGCGAAAGGAUCUACAGAAACAUUUACUGUGGCCAAUGCAACUAUGAAAGACUGGACCGAGCCAAAUGCAUGCCAACUAUUGUAGAGCGCAAGCUUUCAGAAGGUUCGGAUAUGGCUAGUAUCUUCGAGUAUUGUACGAAUCACCACUUGAGCAUUUGUUUGCAUUAUUUCGAUCAUUUAAAUAGAGGGAAAAGCUACACUUUUUCUAGUCUGCUGAACAUAAGAGAAGAAGGUUGUAUACCUCCCUCUGGAAAACGCUGCUGCACUGGUUUUAGGUACGAUUUCAAAACCAAAAGGUGUCGAGAGCUUGUGCGAAGCAAUAAACGCCGUAUUAAUUUUUAGAUUUCAAAUUUGUGCUCAAUCAAUUACCAUUUGUAUAAAGUUAGUAUUGAUAAUAAAUCAAAAUAUUGUGAAACUUUUAUGAAAUAA